CGCAUGUACAAACUGAGGAUGAGGGGCAUUCCAACCUUCCUUUAACCAACACUAACUUUUCCAAUUGCCCAAGAUUGAGUCGUUAAACGCUUUGUUUGAUUCUGUAGCAUGUCUACUCAAAGCCCUGAAGCACGACCUGAACAGGUUGAUCAACCAACUACUGAACAUUUGCAGCAGCAUCCUGAAGUCCAUCCGGAACCUGUUCAAGCCAAGGAGGAGAUUUCAUCGGACGUAAAGGAACCUUCCACUUCUCCUGAGCAAGCAACAAGUGAACCUACAGCUGAAGCAGAAACAACAUGCGAACCAGCAAAAGAAACUACAGCUUCUGCUGAACAAGAAGCAAUUGAAGCAAAGGCUGAACCCGAAACCGAAGCCGAACCAGUAAAGGAGACUGGGCAAACUAAGGAAGAGACUACAAAGGAAGCCAGUGCACCCAAAGAAAGUCUUGCUGUAGAACAGGAUAAGACACAAACAGAAUCCGUAGCCAAGGAAACUAAUCCAAGUGAAUACCUUGCCGGAGGUUAUUUGUACUGCCGUUCAAACGGUCUUAUCCCUCAUGUCAUUAAAAGAUACUUCUUUAUUAAAGAUGCUCCUAUGCCUUUAGAAAACCUUAAUUAUUAUUACAAGAAGCACUUCCAGGGAUCCCUUAAUAAGCAACCUGAAGAUGAUCCUUCAUUGAGCUCUGAACAAGCUAAUGAGUCUUCUUCUUCCAGUUCUCAAAGCUUAUACGUGGAUAGAAUUGCCAAAGCUGUGGAAGGUUGCAAGGGAUUGCUUUUUUACUCAAAAUCUCAAUGCACUAGCGUCCCCAGUGGUAUUAUUUCUUUGUUGGAUGUUGAUAAAGUGGAGGCCGGUAACGGAAACAAGUUUUUAUUGUAUUUCGAAAGCGGAAAAACUGAAACAUUGGAGGCAUCGAACGUUGAAACUCGAGAUGCUUGGAUCAAAGACCUUAACGCUAUUCUUUCCCAAAAGCAAGAAAUUAAAGCUAAGCUUGAGGCUUCAAGUACCUAUAGCGAAUCCUUGAAUAAACUAAACAAGAUCGCAAACAGUUCUGGAACGAGUCCCCUGGAAAUUUUGCGCUCUAUUUUCCCAUCCUUUAAAGGAAAAUCGACCACUAAAGAUGAAGUACCUUCAUCUGAAGCUGCAGACAAGGGUGAACCAACGAGUCCCAAAGACAAUGUAAUCGAGUUUCUCCAUCAUCUCUUGAAAGGCAAAGAUCAUGAGAAGAUUCAAGAGGAGAAUCCCGAGGAAGCAGCUACCGAAGAAGCUACUAAUGCUGCUGCACCUGAAGAUUCGACCGAGGCUCCUGCAGAGACUGUUAAUCAACAUGAUGAAGCAGCUGAGGGAGCUAAUACUGAAGCUCACGAUAACGUUGAGGACAGUCCAAGCAAGAAGCGUGGAUUUGGUUUACUUGCAUACUCCAAAUCAUGGAAGACUCCUAAGGUCCCAAAAAGUACGAAGCCCGACGAAGCAGUACCGACCGAUAAAGGAAACAAGGCAGAUCAAUCUUUUGAGCAUACGAAGGCAAAACUUGAGUACUUACCUACCUCAAUUUCCCGCAAACUCACUGAAUUCGUUCACAAGAAAAAACAAGAUAAGCCUACUGAUGUUGAAGAAGCAUCUCCCACUGCUGACAAAGCUGCUGAGAAACCGGAAGAACCACCUACUCCAACAAGCACUCCCGUUGUAAAGACAGCAAACGAUAAUACCUCUACUACUAAGGAUGUCAAUGAACUAACCCUUCCUGAACAAAGCACUCCAAACAUUGUAGCAACGGAACCUAAUCAUGAACCCACCGUCCCUGAGGUUGCUGCCUAAACUCACUUUAAUCAGACGAUGAAAUCGUUAUAUAAUACUACGGCAGCGGCCAUUAUUCUCUUCUGUCGCUUUUUUCCAUACAAAUAGUAUAAACUAUUUGUUUUCAAUGAGGAAUCUAUAUAGUUAUUAAUUGAUAACAAGAUGCAAUUAUAACAAAAAUGUAUAUUUCAUAAGUAUUUAGGACAGACACUGAAUUAGUAUGUAGCGUACACUUUCAUAAACCCUAUCCAAAUAGCCAUCCGCGA